AACUGGCGAUGGCGUGAAAAACCGCCCCGUCGUGCGUGAGCCGCUGAACAGGCGACAAUUCGAGCGCCUUCAGCAGCCCGUGACAGAGCCUGGCGUCACGAUCCACGAUCAGUACAGUCAAGUGGUGAUGCAGCGGUCAGGAAGACACUUUGGCCGCAGCGAUAGUUCGCACGUGAUGCGAAUCGCUCGUCCAGGCGCAACGACGGAAUCUCCUGAGCAACGUCGUGAACCGCUGGCGCGAGUGCAGCUUCAGCAGCCCAGCCAAGCCACUCCGCAGUCGCUGCAGUCUCGCCAAGGACCUGAAGAGCAGGAGAACGAAGUGGGCGUGAGUUAUGGAACCGAGUGUCCUGCGUUCGCGACAGGACAAUUUGCCUACGUGAUGGAUUGUCGGCAGUAUUUGAACUGCUGGAAGGGACGCGGAUACAUCCAGAGCUGUCCUCCCGGGACGCUCUUUAAUCCCGAGACCAGUGCCUGCGAUCAUCCCUCGAAGGUUGUCUGUGUCACAUUCGACACUCCCGUUCAGCGUGAGAAGCCCGCGAGACUCCAAUUCCAGCCUCAAAGGCAGAAUCCGACCUCCAUCCAGAGCAGAGGCUUUGGCGACUCGCCACAGACACGGAGAGAGCCAAAAUGCGCUCCAGGAUCAUCGGGAUUGACGGAGCAUCCAUACGAUUGCUCAAAGUUCCUCAAUUGCGCCAAUGGCGUGACAUACAUCCAGGAUUGCGGCCCCGGAACGGUCUUCAAUCCCAUCUUCAGCAUCUGCGACUGGCCUCACAAUGUCAACUGUGGCUCCAAGGCUCUGCCUGACGAUCAGUCGGACAAUGCGCGGCAGCCGGACUACGGAGAGGGGAAGAUUGACAUGCGCAAUGAGUUCGACGAUGACCUCUCAGGCGCUGGAAGUGCUCACUCGCGAAAAAUUUACAACAGACCUCAGUACCAAGGUCCAUCGACGGAAGACCCUCAGUCUCUGCUCGUGCCUUCGCAGGAUCUUCAGCCGCCGAGGCAGAAUCCUGGCCAGGGAAGGCAGUAUCCGGUUUAUGAUCGCACAAAGGGCGCGAGAGGAUUUGGGAGCUCAAAUCCUCAGACGCAAGAUAACCCGACUGGUUUCGGGCAGGCAAAUCCUGGAGAUCCUGGUCGGAAGUAUCCUCUACGCGGUCGUGAGGGAGGGAUUAGUGGAACUUUCAAUCCUCAGGCUGUCGAGAUUCCUUCUUUAGACCUUCAGCCACCGAGGGAAUCCGAAAAACCAGGACAGCAAUGGUCUCAGAAUCCUGGACAGCAGGGAAGCCAAUAUCCUGGACAGCAAGGAAGCCAAUAUCCUGGACAGCAAGGAAGCCAAUAUCCUGGACAGCAAGGAAGUCAAUAUCCUGGACAGCAAGGAAGUCAAUAUCCUGGACAGCAAGGAAGCCAAUAUCCUGGACAGCAAGGAAGUCAAUAUCCUGGACAGCAAGGAAGUCAAUAUCCUGGACAGCAAGGAAGUCAGUAUCCUGGACAGCAAGGAAGUCAGUAUCCUGGACAGCAGGGAAGUCAAUAUCCUGGACAGCAAGGAAGUCAAUAUCCUGGACAGCAAGGAAGUCAAUAUCCUGGACAGCAGGGAAGCCAAUAUCCAGGACAGAAAGGAUCUCAACAAUAUCCUGUCUAUAUUCGUCCAGGAAGUCAAUCACAGGGAAUUCCUUCUGAGACCUUGCAACCGCCUCCAGUUCAGGAUCCACAGCAAGAUCCUGAUGCCAGGACCUUUGUGAUUGGCCUAAUUCCUCCACCGACAGAAAGACCCUCUUCUCUGGACUCCAGAUGGUCGGAUUCGCAGCAAAGGACCGUGAACCAGUGGCAAUUGCCUUGGCAGCCGACGUCAACAGAGAGGACGGAAGUCUCCGUGACUUACUAUCCUUCCUACAAUCGCCAGUACUACAAUCCUCAGUCUCUCACCACAGAGGAUCCGUCUCAUCAGAGCCAGUUGGCCAUCAGUGAGGCCAUGCAGGCUCUGCUGAGGCCGUACUUGAGAGGAUCAGGAUCUCAGUCUCAGGUGGACAUGAAGAAUGUCUCGGGCAUCUUCACGACCACUCCUCUGCCGCCGAUGACUGGAGAGCAGGAGAGUCUGGCUCAGGGCGGAGGAUGGAAGCCGCAAGGAUCGGCUGGAUCUGAGGAAGAGAUGGCCGUUCCGCCUGGACAUAGUGUUGAGUGGCACAAGGCACAUCCGCAUGUGCCUCUGCCUGGUCAGGGAAAUUCCAAUGAACCAGUGAUGCCUCCCGGACACAGCCUGGAGUGGCAUCGUGCGCAUCCGCAUGUGCCUCUGCCUGGACAACAGGAUUCUGGCGAGGCAAUGCCUCCAGGACACAGUCGUGAGUGGCACAGAGCGCAUCCUGAAGUACCGCUUCCUGGAAAUCAUCAUGGGCAUCAUCAUCGCUGGCACGGUCGAGGUCAUCACCAUCACGAUCAUCGUCCACACCACAGACAUCAUCACCAUCACAACAGAGAACCGGAGAGCACCACUCCGACCACGGACACAAUCUCAACGCCUCUGCCCAAUAUCGAUGUGAGACUCAGCGUCCCUUCCACUCCAGGAUUCAUGCCGCUGGGCAGUCAGAGCGCGAAUACGCGCUGCGCGGGCCAGUUCAAUUGUUCCAAUGAGUUCUGCGUCUCACAGGACGAUGUGUGCGACGGGAAGAACGACUGCGGCAACUGGAAAGACGAGUCCGACUGUGACCAUAUUGGAUUCGAGAUGCGGCUGUCCAGUGACCAGGGAGCGGCGCACGAGGGCAGACUAGAGGUGAAGGUGUACAAUCAGUGGGGCUAUGUUUGCGAUGAUAAGUUCGAUAUGCGCGACGCGGAUGUUGUGUGCCGCGAGUUGGGAUUCCCUCUGGGCGCGGCGGAGGUGCGCGGGAAUUCCUACUAUCCGCCGCACAGGAGCAUGCUUCGUGGCGAGGACAGUGCCAUCUUCCUCGUGGACGAGCUGGACUGUCGCGGCAGCGAGAAGACCGUGAGGGAGUGCGACUUCAGCGGAUGGGGCGUGCACGAUUGCAAUGCGGAGGAAGUGGUUGGCGUGGUGUGCAAAGUGCCCGUGAUGACUUGUCCGCUGGACUACUGGCUGUGUGACACGUCGCAGGAGUGCAUCCCCAUCGGCUUCCUCUGUGACAAUGUGCCGGAUUGCACGGACCACUCGGACGAGGAGCAGCGUCACUGCGCGGCUCCGGUGGAGAUUCGCCUCGCCGGCGGACAGAGUCACCUCGAGGGGCGCGUGGAGGUGAAAUAUCGCGAGAUUUGGGGCACAAUCUGCGACGAUGACUUCAAUGCAGAGGAGGCGGCAGUGGUUUGUCGAUCUCUGGGCUUCCAUGGGCCGUCUUACGUGCUGAAGAACACUUUUGGUCCUGGGACGGGAAUCAUUUGGCUGGAUCAGGUGGAUUGCGUGGGCAAUGAGACUUCCGUGGAGCAGUGCUCGCACUGGCACUGGGGAGAGCACAAUUGCGCCCACUCUGAAGACGUGGGCAUCAAAUGUUCUCACGGGGAACCGACACAGUACAGCGUCAGGCAUCAGACUUCGCCCAGCAAUCAGCAGUUUGGGGCGCAACUCGACUCCAGAAUCUCACUAGACAUUCCCGAGGGGAGCAUUAAAGUGCAAUUUCCACCGGUGGAAUGUGGGAAGGUGAAAGUGACUCAGCAGGAGAGCGAAUGGGAGAGACAUGUGGGCUUCAAGGUGAUCAAUGGAACGCACGCCCAGAGAGGAUUUCAUCCCUGGCAAGCAGCGAUCCGAGUGCGUGGCGCCGGAAAGUCUUCUCACUGGUGCGGAGCUGUUCUCAUCUCUGAGCAGCAUCUGUUGACUGCGGCGCACUGUCUCGUGGGCUACUCGAAAGGCGCCCUGUUCAUCCGCCUGGGGGAUCAUCAUGCGGAAGUCGUGGAGCCCGAGGAGGUGGAGAGCUUCAUUGAGAACUUCUACGUGCACGAGGACUUCCGCAGCGGCGGACAGCACAUGAAUAACGACAUUGCGAUCAUUGUGCUGAAGAAACCGGUGGCCUACACGGAUCACAUUCAGCCGAUCUGUCUGCCGCCGAAGAACAGCAUUUACUUUCCCGGCAUGAAGUGCACCAUCUCCGGCUGGGGCUCCAUUCAGUCCGGCAAGUCGAAUGUUUCAGCAUCGGCGCUGGAGCUGAGAGCUGGCACCGUGCCGAUCCUGGCGAGGGACGUCUGUGAGGAGCCUCAUGUGUACGGAAACAGGAUCACAGACGGCAUGUUCUGCGCCGGAAGCCUGGACGAGGGAGUUGACUCUUGCAUGGGAGAUUCCGGCGGCGGUUUGGUGUGUCAGAGCGAAGGGACUCACAAACUGUACGGGAUCAUCUCGUGGGGCCAUCAUUGCGGCUAUGCCAACAAGCCGGGUGUGUACGUGAAGGUGUCACAGUAUAUCGAUUGGAUUUGGGACAAGCUCAACGGCACAUCAACUCCGUCUCUCUGAGAGCGGAGCCACAAUUGCCGCGCUUCAACGCCUUGUAUUAAAAAUGCACUUUAACCUUCUCGUUAGACUGUAGAAGUACAUGGAGGAAAAAAAAGAGAGAAGAAAAAUCCAAAAUCA